AUGUUCUGGAUCGGAGGCCAGACCGGCAAGUCUCCACGCGGAGGUCGACAGCCCCAGAGACCUAUCGCUGAAGAUCUGGUUGUCCUCCACGAUAAGGAUCAGGCCCGGUACGAGGCCACGCUAGAGAACGCCCUCAAUCCGGCAAAGAUAGACGCUUACGGAUAUCCUCAAGUGCUCUCCUUCCUCGAGUUCACCGACGCCUUAAAUCCCAAGGUCAUCGCAAAGAAUCGCCUCUCCAUGACGGCGUUGGCACGUAUCCGGCAGGAUCUCACGUCAGGAACCAAGCUCAAGACGUCGUGGAUUAUCAAUCCGAACGUCGACGCUUGGAAGACUCUUAUCAAUUACAGCGGCGUCAAGCAGCGCCAACUCGACGUUCUGGCUCAGAUAGCCGACCGGACUUACGAACUCCCCUCCGUUGAUCCACCAUCUCAGAGGGAACGCGAUCGCGAAGACUGGUCCAACUUAGAGGACGCCGAAAAUGACGACGAUCAAGCUGCAUCUUCCAGCGCAGGCACUGGCACGCCGACUCACGGCGAGGACGUCGACGAGGAUGACGAAGACGGAGAAGACAAAGGUGACGAAGUCGACGAUGAAGAGGACAACGGAGGCGACGAGAACGACUCUCAGAACGUCCACGUCUUGGGAUUCAAGGCGUUCCGCCCUUCUCCGUUCUUUUCCUUUUCACAUCCCGGCUCCGUACUCACUCGUCAGACUCUCCUUUAA